CCCUCCCUCACUGCAAUAUGGCUUUGAGCGUACACAAAUGGGGUGGGUGUCUUGAACCACUUCCACUCUGCAGACUGUAACCUGCUCAACUGGUCUGUAAACCUGCUCCUGUGACAAGAGGGUGGCAGUGGCUGUCCAAAAUGAAACACAUAUCGAUUGGAUCGUCAUUGGACUAGAUACCACCACCACCACAACACAAAAUGGGAAUAAGCAGCCAAUCAGCGUUGUGGGCGGUGCUGCGGGCGGCGGGGGGAGGGUAUGCAGUGACGGGCACCGCUGCCCAGGCCAUAGCUGAGGCGCAGUGGCUCGUCAUGAGUGCCGCCUAUCCAGACGCCCUGGCCUUGGCAGAGCACACGGGGGCGUUCGGGCUGGCACUGCUGCUGUGCUGUGCCACGAUGGGCAUCGCGCUGUGGAGCACCGCGCUGGGCAUCGGGAUGGCAACCGCAGCCAGCGGCCUGAUGAAUAGACUUGGAGCCAGUGGUCUUGGAGGGAUGCUUGGACGAGUUGUGAAGGUGCUCGGAGAAAGCAGCCUAGCAAGAAUGCUCAGGGAGAACAGCAUCUUAAGGACACUCAGAGAAAGUAAACUUGUAACGACACUUGGAGUGAACAACCUAUUAAGGAACCUUGGAAGGAUGGUUGGAGGGGUUGUCAAGAUACUUAGGGAAAGCUGCCUCUUAAGGACAAUCAGAGAUAGCCGCUUCCUGAGGACAAUCAGAGAUAGCCACCUCCUAAGGACAAUCAGAGAUAGCCGGCUCCUAAGCAUGUUGGGACUGGAGGCUGUGUCCAUGUCCUGCACGGGUCCCCUGGUGGUGCUGGGGGCCUCCGGAGCCGGGGCGUUGCUCGGGGCAACAGCUGAGUCGGCCUCAGGAGCCUGGGCGUUGCUCGGGGCAACAGCUGAGUCGGUGCUGCAGUGGGGAAGUCAGGAGCUCAUCGCAGGACCCUGUGUUGUGCUGCUGGUAGUCCUAUGCAUUGUAAUGAGGGUCCAUUGGCUCUUCAUAACACAGCUGAUAGUCUUCCUGAUCACACACUUCAUUGUCAUGUUUUUGGGGAUGGUCGUAAGCUUCGCCCACCCUGGUGCCUACAUCUUAGUGUUGAUAAUGCUGUACUUUGGGACGGACUUUCCGGCGUGGCUCUGCACGCUACCUCAGAAGAUACUGAGUUUGCUCACUGGUCAGCUGCCCCCCAGAAGCUCCACCCCCAACUCUGCUCCUCCUGACUCCCCCCACUUCCUGCUCUACACCUUCUGUGCGGCGGUGACGUUCGCGGGACUUCUGACGGGUGUCACCGCGUUCUUCCUCACCUAUCGACAGAAGCGGCAACAGGCCACGGCCGUGCUGCUGUGCUCCUGCGGUCACGUGGCCCCUCUGUGCGCCACCAUCUUGGGAGCCGUGAUGGGGAUCUAUUUCCUGCUGGGUCUGAACACCUGGGAGGCGGAGCACCUGGCAGCGGGGGCGGUGGCCGCCACCAUCUUGGCUCUGGAGGGGGUGCGGGUUUUGUUGGGCGCGCUGGGUCCCUGUGCCACCGCGGGGCUCCUGGUCGGGGUGAGCAGUGCAGCUGGGUUGGCUCUGGAGGCGGCCGUCAUCGCUGCGAAGAUGAGGCACGGCGGGGCAGGGGCCGCGGGCGCACUACUUGGGGCACUAGGGGGCGCUGUUCUAGGGGCCAUAUCUUUAUCCCAAGGCAGGAAAAUGCUACUGCUGUCUGUGACGGCUGCUGUUUCUGCGAUGCCCAAUAUGGAGAGAGUGGCGUCUCUGGGGUACGGAGGCGGCACUGGGCUCGGGGAGGCGAGGGUUAACGUUGUUGUGAACGCUGUGUUUUUAGGGCUGGCUGCCUUUGGCAUGGGGGCGCUAGGGCUGGGGUUCAUCACUAUGGGGAUCAGUGGGGAUUUUGGGUUCAUUAUGGCUGUAGGUGGAGGCUCAGUGGCAGUCACAUGUUUUUUGGUGUUUACUGUAGUAGACUUUUCAUCUUGAGGACUGUGAGUCUCCCAACUCUUGUGUUGGAGGCAAGUUAUUGAUGGCUGAGGCAUGAAUGCAAUUCCAUUGUGUGCGGAGAGUGCUGUGUGCUUUGGAGUGCUGUGUCAUCAACAAUGGGAGUUUGCCAGUUGAGAUUAGAUAAUAAGACUAUGCUGCCCCCUAGUGUUUGGAAAAAGCUCCCACAACACUAUCAUCAGUCAAACUGUCAUCAAAGAAGCUGGAUCUAACAAGAAGCGUCAUUUUGUUUCUUUUCCGGUAUCCACUUUAAGUCGGGUGAACGCCCCUUUAGGAGACCUUCGGUUAGGAGACCUUCGGAGUCCUGAGGUUGAGAAUCAAUGAAGUCAUCGUAGCGCUGUAGAUGGCGGUAGCGCACCUCUUGCGCAAACACCUCAAAAAGAGAAGAAGAAGUAGGGGACAACGCCCCCUUAGGAGACCCAACUUGAGCACACGCUUUUGCAUUGAGUGGGCGUGUUUUGCGUUAUCUUAGUUUGAUUCAGUAUUUUUGCUGUCAUCAACCACUAGUUGAAUGGGGGAACCUGGGGUAAAGUAAUAAUAACUGGGAAUUUUGGUCCUUUCUGAAUGCACCAUCUCAGUAAAGAUAGCGUAUGUCGGUAAACUUCGCCAAGAGUUUCACCACCUGUGCUGUGAACAGUCCUGAGUAAUUAGCCUAGGUCAGUGGUUUUCAAAGUGAAGGCUAUGCAGGGACGCCAGGGGGGCGCUGCAAGUUGGCAGGAAAAAAACAGCAGAAUAAACUGAAUAAUUUAAUAAAUUGAAUUAC